AAAUGAAUAUAUUAUUUAUUGACUUCAAAAUAUGAAUUAUUUUUAAAGUUAACCAUUUUAAUUAAAAAUUAGGUUUUCGAGUAGAUCUCGUAAAAUGUAUGUCUUUUUCGCCGCGCCACCAACUGGAGCAGACCAGAGUUCGCCGGACAUCGCUAGAGUUGUCGCCGGAGGUUGGACAGGAGUCUUCGCCGGGAAACCUGCCGAAGCUUCGUCGAGGAUUCGCCGGUGUAGUUUGAAAUUUCUAAGCCGAUUCAAGAUAGGGAUCAAGGAUUGGAUGAUGAGCAGCCUGGAGGGCAGUGAGGCGUGACGCUGGUGGAUGGCUGAUGCUAUUUUAUUUAAAUUAAAUAUAGAGUGUUGAAUUUGUUUAUUUAAAAUUAUUACUAGAAUGUUGAAUGUUGUUUUUGAAGGCUUCCGCAACUUUCAGUUAUUUACUCCGAUUAAAAGAUGAAUUGUUUU